GGAGAUAAACAUGGCUUCUUCUGAACCACCGCUGCUAGGCCUCAAACCUCCUCCUCCUCUCUCUCUCUCUCUCUCUCUCUCUCAAUCUCUCUUGCAAUUGCUGCAUAUGAUUCCUAACCUUAAUGGCAUUCAGAACAGAUGAUACAAUCCUGCAGGCAGCAGCAAGUUAAAACAAGGUGUUAUUAGAUCAAGUAAUAUCUUCUUUCUUCUCUAUUUGAUUUUUGUUUCUAUAUUUCAUCCAAGCACGAAAUCCACGCUUCUUAAGCUUUUACAAGACAUAUAUCAUCAACAUUGUAAAGGAAUUUCGGUUGUCAGAUCUCUUCUUUAUGCACAGAACAGAGCGGAAUUGCGAGUGAAGUUAUUAUAGUCUAAUAUAUUUUUUAGGAUGCUACUGUUUUAUGGAGCAACAGCCUGCAGAUUUGUAUAUCCUCCAAUAGAAAGAUCAACAAGAGUUGUAGUAGCAGCAGAAGUUACGACGAAAAACAACAUUUAUAGUACUAGUAGUAACACUAACAAGAUUGUAAUCGUGAGCAACAAGAGUGAAAAGACAGAAUUCUUACCAUCAGUCGGAAAACCCAGUUACGGCACUAGGUUUACUACUGCUUUAGUAGUUGCUGCUGCUGCUGCUGCUGCAGUAGCAGUCAUGAUUGUGGCGGUUGGUGUUUUGGAUUCAAAUUACUAUGCAUACGCCUCUGAGCGACAACAACAACAACAAGAACAGUCAUCAUCACAAGAACAAGAAGAGACAUUUGCUAACAUUCCACAGUUGUUGUCUGGUGAUUGCUCAGAUUCUUCCUCGUCCAAGGACUGCAAGAAAGUAAGGAUUCAACGGCCUAAGUCGAGGAAAGCAGAAACGUGUACUAUUAAGUGUGUCACUACUUGUAUAAGAGGAGGCCUUGGUUCCCCUGGUGAAGGCCCUUUUAACAUCCGAAGACCACUAGUUGUUUUCAAGGAAGGAUUUCGAAGUCGUCGAUACUGUUUGGUGGAGUGUUCUGAUAUUUGCAACUUAAUCAAAGAUAGUGAAGAUGAUGGUCCUUGAUUUUUUGCAAAGCUCUUCUUUCCUUCCAAUUGCAGAUCAUCACUCUAUUCUAUUUUAUUUUAUUUUAUGUAUGUCUUAACCAACCCAAUAGGCAUACAAAUAUGUAAUAUUGGGAUUUUGUUUUCUCCAUUUUAUAUUUAAUCUAUAUGUUUUCUUUUAGUA